CUGCAGACACCCACAGCAGCCUCUUGAUUUCAUCUGAGCUGAAGUCUUUCAGAGUGAGACAGCUGCGACCCUUUAAACUCACUGAACCGAGACACGAAGCUCCAAUGCUGAGAAAGUCACAAAGAGGUUAGCUGGCUCCUGCCCCUCCCUGACGUCUGGUUGAUCCACCGGUCAGUAGGUGAGCACUGACACACAGUGCACGUGAGGAGGUGUGAGGGGACAGCAGUGGAGAUGACGGGACAGGACGAUGUGGACAUACCCGAAACAGGAGCCAUCUUCACAUUUGGAAAGAGCAGUUUUGCUGAUAAUGUGCCUAGUAAGUUCUGGUUGAAGAAUGACCUGCCUGUGCACCUGUCCUGUGGGGGAGAACACACUGCUGUCAUCACAGAAAAUGGCAGGCUGCUCAUGUUUGGUGGGAAUAUGUGGGGCCAACUGGGGCUUGGAUUGAAGCCUGCUGCCAGCAAACCUGUCUCUGUGAAAGCCUUAAAGUCUGAGAAGGUGAAGCUUGUAGCUUGUGGGAGAGAUCACACAAUCGUCUGCACAUGGCGGGGUAGUGUGUAUGUUGCGGGCAGUAACCAGGAGGGGCAGCUCGGUUUGGGCCACUGCAACAACACUACAUCCUUCCACCUGCUGCCACCUUUCUGUGACCACGCACCAAUCAAAAUGCUCUCUGCAGGAUGCAACACCACAGCUGCUUUAACAGAGGACGGGAGGCUGUUCAUGUGGGGAGACAACGCCGUGGGCCAGAUCGGCUUAGGGGACGAAGGGUAUGCAGCAGAACCCAGAGAGGUGGAUGUUGGGGAAGCAGUGAUGUGGGUCUCCUGUGGGUACCACCACUCAGCGUUUGUCACAGUGGAUGGAGAUCUCUACAUGUUUGGUGAGAGUGCGAAUGGAAGGCUUGGUCUCCAGGUGGAGCAGCUGGCCAAUCACAGAGUCCCCCAGCGGGUGCAAGGGAUUCUGGUCAUCUCUGUGACCCACCUCCGUGCUGGGGGAAGCUCUGUGGAGCUGUUUGGGGAGAUGUUUCAAAACCUCCCACGUCUGAAUUCUGGCUUCCUCAACGCCUCCUGGCAAACCUCCAGAAACAUCCCUACCCCUAAAACUCUUUCAAAGGACCGUACCACCCCUUCAUCAUCCCCAAAACCACAAUCAGAAGUAACACUAAGCCCUCCACUCUCCCCCAGAUCUCCAGUGUUAUCCUCUAAGCCAUCAAGCCCACGUUCUCAGUCAUCAAACACCUUUCAGUAUAAAUCCCCCACCGCUGCUGCUUCCCCUACGUCUAAAUCCAAAGAGCUGCCUUCUUCUUUACUCUCACCGAAGUCUAUAACUAAACAUACCACACCAGUAUCUCCCAAAAAGACUGCAAAGAAAAGACUGUACAGAGUGGCAACCGCUAAAAAGGCCUUAAAUGAAGAAUCUCCUCUUUCACCUAAAGAGCCCUGCAGCCCCACAAGACCCUCCAGUCAUACUUCCAGUAAACAUCUCAGUGAGGAAGAGCAUCCUGCCUCACCACAAACAGAGGGAGAAACUGUCCAAGUUGUUUUAGAAGAUGUGGAGGAGAAUAUCUCUGAGAAAGAAGUCGACUUUUUGCCAAAAAUGGCAAAGAAAAAAGGCCGAGCUCUGAGAAGAACUACUAAAGAGGCAGAGCUGUUGCAGUUCAAUGAGAGGGCAGAACAUAAUUCCUUCAAGGCCUCACCCACAGAGCUCCUGAAAGGCUCUUUAAAGAAAGAAGUGACUGCGCUGAAGGGCUCAAAGAGUCUGAAAAACACACCCAAAAAAGUCACAUCCAAAGGCAAAGAGAACAUCACCAAGCAGCCCAAUAAAAUCAAGACUCAUGAAGACAGGCAAGUUCAAAAUAAAUCACCAAAACUAUCAGCAUCGAGCCCCAAAACUCCACAGUCUGUGCGGAAGACUCUGACUGAAGCACAGCAGAGGCUGACUGAAGUGAAGAGAAAUGAGAGGAGAAAUAGAAAUGUGAGAGAAAAUAAUAUAAAUCAAAAAGAUAUGAAAGCCAGCACUUUCAAGAAAAACUUGACACCAAAAAAGGAGGGAAAUAAAUCACCCUCUUUAGAGAGGACAUCUCCUGUUAUUACGGUCACUACAGGAAAUGAAGCAACCUGCAUAUCUUUCCAAAGUGGAAGUUUGUCGUCCGUAGAAAAAGAUGCAGAAACCCAGAGUGAAACCAAAGACGUCAAACCUAUUGAAGAGGAGACACAGCAAGUCAAAUCAACUCCAACAAAACAUUCGCAUAAGGUUAAAUCUUCACCAGGGAAAGGUCAAAGUAUAGCAGUGAAUAUAAAAUCACCACCAGUGAAAAAGGAAACCACACCUGUCUCCACACCUGUUCAAGACAUCACUAAGAAAUCACCAAGUGUGAAAUCCACACCUGUGAGAUUUAAAGAGGUCAAAUCCACACCAGUCAAAAACCAAAGUAAAAGGACAGAAAGUACUCCAGCUAAAAGUAAAGGCAAAGGGAAAGUUGUGGAAAAAGAAGUGAAAGCAGCUCAAAAAACCAAAAGUAGAACUGCAGAUAAGGAGAAGAUACCUGAAGGUGACGGCACUAAAGCAAAGGAUAAAAAGAAGGCAAAAACAAAACCAGCCGGAGAGGGAGGAGAUCAUAUCAGAGUUAAAGAAGAAGCUCAGGAUAACACAAGCGCCAAGCCAAACAGUGAGCAGACUGAAGCUUCCAGCCCGCUGUUAUCACAGCAGGAUACACCUAUUGAAGCGCUCUACAACCCCAUUUCCUCACAAAGCACUCAGAGAACAGAGACGGUUUCAGUCGCUGGUGCCAAAUCCCCACAAGGCCCGGCACCUGUUGAUAAGGAUCUGCUUGUUCCUGGAACACCCAGAGAGGAUCCUCCGAGUCUGACUGAAGAAAAGCCAAGGCUGGGGGAAAUCCUCGGCACGGCAGCUGCUCUUCUUCCUGUUGCUGGGAUAGCAGGUGCUGCUAUGGGGGUCCUCGGUGAGGCAGUGACAAGCGUAGGUAGUUUCCAGUCCGACAGUGACACCAUUUCUUCUACAACAUUUAAAGCACCUGGUCGAGGGAGGCAAUUCACAAAGCAGAGUGCGGUUAUGCAACCUUCCUUUUCCUCAACGUUGUCACAGGAGACAUCAAAUCCACCAGAAGACAGCACCAAGACAGAUGUUCAGGUCAAGAAGGAUGUCACUGAAGACGAGGAAAGUGAUGACACCACUCAGUCACAACUGGCGGAGGUGAAAAGUGAAGAGGCGAAGAACAAUGGCACAGACGUGGAAACUUCCCAGCAAGAACAUGAAGAAGAUGAGAAACCCAACAGGGAUCAUGAAGGAGGAGAAACAGAUACUGAAGAUGAGGAAAAGAAGGAAGAUGAAGAGGGGGAGAGUGGGAGUGAUGUGGAGGACAAAGAAGAAGAGGAAGAGGGAGGUGAAAGCAGCGAGGAGGAAAUGAGUGUUUCUGGAGAGGGUGAGGAAGAGCAAGAUAAUGAAACUGCAGAGGAGGACGGUGAGGAGGAAACCGGCUCGAGCAGUGAGGAAGAGGAUGAAGGAAGCGAGAAGAGCGAUGUCAUAGAUGCUGAAGAGGAGGAGGAAGCAAGUAUAGAGGAAGAGGGUGGAGGAGGGAGUGAGUCUGAGGUAAGUGAGGCAGCAGAGGAGGAGGAGGAGGAGGAGGGAAGUGAAGAGGCCAGUGAAGGAGAGAAUAAAGAGGAAGAGGAAGAAAGUGAGGUGAGUGAGGACGAAGAAGAUGAAAGUGGGGAAGAGUCUGGGAGCAGCAAGAUCAAAGAGUCAGAGGAGGAGGAGGAUGGAGAGGGAAAUGACUCUGAUGAAGAUGACAAUGAAGAAGAAGAAGAAAAUGAGGUUGACGCAGAGGAAGAGGGUGAAACUGAGGAACAAAAAGAUUCCUCCGAAAGUGAGGAUGAGGAAAAACACUCGGAGGAAGAUGAAGAGAGUGAAGGGGAGGAAGAGGACAAACAGAAUGAAGAGAGUGUUGAAAAUGAGAAGGAGGAAGAUGACAGUGAGGCUGAAGAAGACGAGGGUGAACAGGAUGAAAAGAGCGACAGAGAAAAUGAGGAGGAGGAGGAGGAGGAGGAGGAGGAGGAGGAGGGGGGUGAGGGGGAAGCGCCCUCAGAUGAGGGGAAAGCCGAGGACGAGACUGCGGAGGAGGAAGAGGAGGAUGAGGAGGCAGAAAAAGAAGAAGAUGAGAAGGAGGUUACAGAGGAGGAAGAAGAGGAUGAGGGGGACGAAGAUGAGGAUAAGAGGGAGGUUACAGAGGAUGAAGAAGAGGAUGAGGAGGAAGAAGAAGAGGAUAAGAAAGAGGCUACAGAGGAUGAAGUAGAGGAUGAGGAGGUAGAAGAGGACAAAAAGGAGGUUACAGAGGAUGAAGAAGAGGAUGAGGAGGAAGAAGAAGAGGAUAAGAAAGAGGCUACAGAGGACGAAGAAGAGGAUGAGGAGGAAGAAGAACAGGAUAAGAAAGAGGCUAUAGAGGAUGAAGAAGAGGAUGAGGAGGAAGAAGAAGAGGAUAAGAAAGAGGCUACAGAGGAUGAAGAAGAGGAUGAGGAGGUAGAAGAAGAGGACAAAAAGGAGGUUACAGAGGAUGAAGAUGAGGAUGAGGAAGAAGAGGAUAAGAAGGAGGAUACAGAGGAGGAGGAGGAAGAAGAAGAGGGUGAGGAAGAGGAGAAUAAAGAGGAGGUAACAGAGGAGGAAGAAGAAGAGGGUGAGGAAGCAGAGGAGGAAGAAGAGAGUAAGGAGGUUACAGAGGAGGAGGAGGAAGAAGAAGAAGAGGGUGAGGAAGCAGAGGAGGAGGAAGAAGAGAGUAAGCAGGUUACAGAGGAAGAGGAAGAAGAAGAGGGUGAGGAAGCAGAGGAGGAAGAAGAGAGUAAGCAGGUUACAGAGGAAGAGGAAGAAGAAGAGGGGGAGGAAGAGGAAGAAGAGAGUAAGGAGGUUACAGAAGAGGAAGAGGAGAAUACUGAGGGGGUAACAGAGGAAGAAGAAGAAGAGGGAGAGGAAGAGGAAGCAGGGGAGAAAGGAGAAGAGGAAGAGAGUGAAGGUGAAGAGGAGGAAAAAAUGAAAAGAAAAGAGAAAAUGAAAGCUAAUAAAGAGGUGACAGUAGAGAGUGAUGAGGAGGAGGAGGAAGAAGGUGAAGAAGAGGAGGAAGAAGGAGAUGAGGAAGAGGAGAAUGAAACAAAGACGAAACCAAAAACAGAUACAAGACUCUAUAAUCAACGAGAAAAAACAAAACAGGGACGAACUGAAGGAAAGAAAGGUGGUUCUUCUGAGGAAAAUGAAGAUGGGGGUGAGGAGGGUGAGGAAGAGGAGGGAGAAGAAGAGGAGGAGGAGGAGGAAAAAGGACAGGCGUCAAAUGUUAAACAGAAGGAGAAGGAAAAAGAAGGGAAGGAAAAAGUGGAAGAGGAGGAAGGAGAUGAGGAGGAGGAGGAGGAAGAUGAGGAGGAGGAAGAAGAGGAGGAAAAGGUCAAAUCCUCAAAAACAAAAACCAUACAGACGUUGCCUGCCGACAGAAAAGACAAGCAACAGAAAGAAACGCCAAAACCAGCGCCGAGGAUGAAGCAGAGCGCUGCAGAGAAGAAACCAGACGACCCUCAGCAGUUCUGGGACGAUGUUCUGCCUCAGUACCUCGACCUGCAGUGAUGUCAUCGAAUAGGACACACACUCAGCACCUCAGGGGUUAAUGCAGCACAGUGGAGUCAGUCUCAACCCAAGUGUCAGCUGUCAGUGUGUGUGACAUUUUGUUACUGUCAACAAAAUCCCAUUAAA